AAUCAGUAUCUCUGCAAAGUUCUUGGGUAUUCUUUGUGAUCUUGCUCGUAAUCGUAAUCGCAGCAACCGUUCUGUCUACUCACAAACCAGAUUACCUAGACGCACAACGAAUAAUCACAAUGGCAGAUACUUCUGAUGCGCUCGCACCAAAGCCAGAGGGCGAAGAGAUUGAUCCUCAUUUCGAGCCUGUUAUCAAGCUCACAGAACAAGUGGAGGUAAAGACCAACGAGGAAGAUGAGGAUGUGCUGUUCAAGAUGCGAGCGAAGCUCUUCCGAUUUGACAACGGCUUAAACGAGUGGAAGGAGCGCGGCACUGGCGAUGUGAAACUUCUUCAGCACAAGGAGACAAAUAAGGUCCGUCUCGUAAUGAGACGCGACAAGACCCUCAAAGUUUGCGCCAACCACCACAUUUCUGCAGAAAUGCGCCUUCAGCCCAAUAUUGGCUCUGACAGGAGCUGGGUUUGGAAAGUUGCUGCUGACUACACUGAAGAACCCCCAACCGCUGAAACCCUAGCCAUCCGCUUCGCGAACUCUGAUAAUGCAAAUGAGUUCAAGCGUCAAUUCGAGUUGACACAGAAGAUAAACAGCGGCACGUCUCUUGAUGAGAAGAAACCUGAUGAGAAGACUGCUGAGGAACCUGCGGCAGAGGAAACAGAGAAAAAGGAAGAGGCGACCGAGAAGGAAGAGGAAUCGCCGGUAGAGAAGAAGGAAGAAUGAUGUACCCCACGAAACGACUCUUCCGUCUCUCCUUAAAGCCUCCUUCCUUUUGUGACGUCUAUCCGUCAAUUUGCUUUCAUGAGUGCCUCCGGGACACCGCCGCCCCUGCCGUUUCAUCUGACCAAGUAGUGUAGAUUACUUACCUACCCUGGCUUACGAAAUCCAUCCGACAUGUACUGGAAAGAGCUCAUGUAUCACGACAGGAGAUAGUUCGCCACCUUCAUUUCAGUGGACAUGGACAUCAUCUCUGGUCCUGUUCGCGCGUCUUGCGACCGUAUGUGCUGAAAUCGAGAUCCAUAGCAGAAAGAUGAAGGC